AAAAUAAUAAAACUAUUGAUUUGAAAACAAUGGACUGUAUGAAUCUUAAGUGGAAGUCCGAUUUUUUAUUCUCCGACGUUUAAAUCGUGAGGAUUUAUUCUAGACCAAAAUUUACCGGAAACAUCAUCUGAUAUAAGUUACCGCAUGAGGUUUUUCUGCCAUUACAUUACAUUAAAUACAUUUUAUGUAAUUAAUUUCUUGGGACUCCAAUUUGCAUUGCUAAUUUAAGUGUGAAGUAAUGCUAGUGAUUCAUGCCCAGAGUAAAGUGAGGAUAGAAUCGAUAUGGCACGAGUGACAUAUUGUGGGAAACACGGAAUAAAAUUACAAUUUAUUUCAGGUGGAUUUAAUUAUUUAAUUUAUAAACAAAUCCGCAUAGCCAACGAACUAAGUACUGGAAAAAUAAUUAAAACAUGGUGACAAUAAGAUCCGCCUUUAUAUUUAAAUAAAAUGAAAUCAUCAUCAUCAUUGUUCGACGCAUUCAAAAAUUGCUACUGAAAUAGUACGAGAAAAAGUCAUAUAAUACUAUUUAAAUUUUACAUUAUUUCUAGGAAAGUUUUUUACUACAAAUUUGUAUAUAUAUGUAUUACAUACAGCCCAUGUAGAUUAUUUUAGUAAUACCAUUAUUGUUAAAAUAUAAUUCUUUUAAUAAAAUUAUAGUACAUUUACCGCUCAAGACUUCCAUUAAUGGAAUUCCUUCUCCAAAAACUUAAAUUGCAUCUGCCAGCAGACUUAAAAAAUCCAUGACAUAUUCAUCUGACCGCCGACCAGGUUAUUUAAUGCACUGUCAUUCCACAGGAAAAGUGUUUGGAAAAGGACCCUCGAGAAUUUCCAGGGAAUUAAAACAAAGUGUGCUGAUGAACCAGGAGCCAAACCAGGGACCACACACGCUGGCACAACAAAUUGUGUCAUGCAGGUCAAUAAAAAAUAUAUUGUCUGCAUAACAGUUGUUCGGUCCACAAUUUUCCUGUUCCGGUGGCCACAUUUGUGCGACAGUCCAGGUAAUCCACAAAAAAGGAUAACGAGGCAAUCCUGCGAUGGCAAUUAGCGCUGUGAUAGAGCAGGUCAUAAAAUACGCAGCUUAAUCCAGGACGACGAUUACCUAAUGCGGAAUGGAUGCGCUAAUCCCUUUGUUGACAGACCCAAAGCAAAUGGAUUUCCCUAUGUGGCUACCUGUGCCGCCUACCUACUGUGCAUAUAACCAGGAUAUCAAUCUGGAAGCCAAUCAUUCAGCAAGCGAUCGUCCAACGAGUCACAUCAUCACAACAUAUCUAUUGGAGUCACAUCAGCCCAACAUAACCAUGGAGAACUCAGCUAGCUAUACCCACAAGAAGUUUGCCGUCAGCAAGCGGAAACGGGAUGUGGACCACGACAAGGAGAACCUAACUCAGGAGUCGGAGCAGCCGAUCUUCAAACGCCGCCAGACACAGGGCUUCUUCCGACCCUGGUUGGAUAAUGAGCAAAACCAACAGAGGGAGAAGGAGACGUCACCGAUGGCCAAGCCCACUGGCCCCGGAUCCUCGGUCAGCCAGUACCGUGCCAACAUGGUGCGCCGUAGUCAGACCCAUCGCCAGCGAAGCCCCAAGGAGCAGAUGCGCCGGGAUCGAAACACCCUGGCCUGCCUCCUCAGCCGGCGGGCCAAGCAGGCCCAGGAGGAGCAAGUGGGUCAGCAGUACGAGCAGUACCGGAGCCACCAUGCCGCCAUGCUGGAGCAGCAGGUGCGCCUGAGCCUCUACUACCGCCACAUCCUCCAGCAGGCGGUGUUCCAGCGCGCCAUCAAUCCCGCACCAGGUCACAUCCUGCCGCAGCAGCAACAGCAGUUCCUCCAGCAGAUGGCCCUCUCCCAGCAGAUGCUCAUCUUUGGUGGUCAGCACUGUUGAGCUGCGAAGCAUCAUAAUCAGCGACUAUGGAUAGCCCAAUCAUGUGAUCUAGUUUAUUAAGCCCUAAUUAUUAAUAUUUAUUGUUGACCUUGAAAUAAAUCAAAUUAUAAAUUUAACUCAAAUUACCGUUUCUUUUGUUGGGGCUUAUCACUUGGAAAAUUCGCAUUAAAUCGUAAAUUUUUAUUGAAGGUAUUAAUAGGUCAGGGGAUUGCAGCUACGAAUUAUAUAUAAUGCUAUUUUAUACUUGAAUACGAAUUAGGUAAACAAAAUCAGCUUUAAUAUGCAACUUGAAGAACUUUAAUUGAACCCUUGUCUAAAAAUAACUUGUGAAAUUAUGCAAUUGGAGAAUGAAACCAAAAACAGCUUGACCAUUACAAUACUACAAGAACUACUACAAAAAUGAUGACAUCUGCUAUCUUAUAAAAGUUAAUGGUAGAAAGGGCUUAACUGAAAGCACAGUCUGCAGUUUUGGCUUGGCUGACCACUGAGUAAAUGACUCAUUGAAGCAUUGACAGAUUUUUCCGAGAAACAAUUUACCCACAGCCAUACCCAGCAAAGUUCAACUAAUUGUUGUCUUGCUAAUUUUCAUGGCGUUCUCAUUUCGAGGCGGCUUUCGUCAAGGUUCAGGCCCGCCACAAAGAACCAUAAUUUCGACUGGGCCAAGCUUUUGGCAUCGCCUUCAACGCGGUUGGUUAAUAUUGACAGAGAUCGGAUGUGGGAAUACGGAGAUAUAGUCAAAGUCCGAGCAAAGCUUCAAGUUCAAUUGGCCAGUGAGACGGAGUUUUGCAAGCGCACAAAGUUUUGCUCAAAGCGCAGAAAUGCAAUUUUCAAUGUUAGGCCAGUUGGAAAAAAAAACGGCAAAAAGCAGCCACAAAAACUCGACAAUUAACUGAAAUUGAUGUUUGGCUGCAUGGUACAAGUGCAAAGUGGUUUACUGGGUUGUUGGAGCCGCGACGGAAAUCUGCUCAGCACUUGGAAGCACUUUGCGCCAUAGGAAGUCGGCUGUGGUGGUCCGACUGCCAAGUGCUAUCAAUGAAAAUUAAAAGUAAUUAACUGCGCUCGCAGCGAUUGCGCAAGCGCCAAAGAGCUAAUUAUGUGCAGGGGACUUCCACGGCAGCAUGAGCACUCGAAUUAAUCAAAGCAAAGCUCUUACUUUUCACUCACAGCCCGAUGGAUGCAGUUGGCUGCUUUUCAGGCGGGUGCACUCAAUGACGAACAUCUCGAACAGCUCGCCCAUGCCUCUUUGUUUUCUCCAACUGAUCGCUUGAACUUCCUUAUAGACCGUUGAUUUUCUACUUGGUUAGGCAUUAUGCAAGUCUAGCAGAGUGAAAGCAUGCUGAGUUUGCAAUUGCCUUUGCUUUGGUGUCCAUUAAAGCCUUGUUAUUGUGACCUCAUUCUUUAAAAUGAAUAAGUAAUUAUAUCAGUUUUCCAAAUACUUUUAACUCAAGCUAGAUAAA